GGGGAUGUUGGAGUUGGGCCUGCUUGCAUUACUAAGGCGGGUAGAUAUGGUAUGAGUUUGAAUCCAUUUUUGGAUUUCACUGAAAUUGGUGAAGCUACGCGGGACACGUGUUGUGGAAAACUUUGGCAUAAAAUAUCCGAGCUUCGAAUGCCAAUUCCGCACACAGCUCACAAGAAGCAAAGGUAGUGAGAGGAUGGGGAUGGUAGAAAAGGUGGCUCUUCCUCUGCUCCUCCCAAACCCACCGCCACCGUCACAGUCACCGUCAUCACCGUCGCCCCCUUCUUCCAAACCCAACUCUGUUGGAGUGAUGACCCCUGGCCCCAGCCCUACCCCUACCCCUACUCCAACCUCAGCACCGCCAAUGACUACCCUUAUCCAUGACCUGAAUACCGGUUCCAGUUCUCGUUCCCGACACCGCGUCGCUCUGGGGAAGUCCUUCGACCCCAACCGCGGCAAACCAUGGUCUCCUCACGGCCUUUCUUCUUCAGAUAAUAUUCUGCGUCCUCUUCUGGACCAACCAAAUCCCGCUUCCGAUAUAUUGGGGAUAAUCAAGGCCUUAGGCUUUAACAACAAAUGCGAACUUGCCUUCGCCGUCUUCCAAUGGGUUCGAACCACUCACCAUUCCGUUCCACUUUUUACCACUUCUGCAAUCACUGUCAUCUUCAAAAUUCUCGGAAAAGCGGGGCGGGUCUCAUCCGCCGCCUCCCUGCUCCUGGCUCUCCAAAACGACGGCGUUCACAUUGAUGUCUAUGCCUACACCUGUUUGAUAAAUGCGUACUCCAGUAGUGGCAGGUACAGGGAUGCCGUCAACCUCUUCAACAAGAUGCAACAAGACGGCUGCAAUCCCACUCUAAUCACAUACAACGUCGUUCUCAAUGUGUACGGCAAAAUGGGCAUGCCUUGGUCUAACGUCACUGCCCUCGUUGACUCCAUGAAGUCUCGCGGGAUUGCCCCCGAUCUCUACACGUUACAAACUUAUUAGUUGUUGUCAACGCGGUUCUCACUCUACGAGAGAAGCUGUUUCUCACCUCUUUGAGGCAGAUGAAGCUGGAGGGUUUCACCACUGGACAAGGUUACCUAUAAUGCCUUAUUGGAUGUUUAUGGCAAGUCACAGACGACCCCAAAGAGGUAUGCAGUCUCAGAGAGAUGGAAGCAAAUGCCUUUUCUCCCACCGUUGUUACUUACAAUUCCCUGAUAUUGCUUGUGCUAAAGGUGGUUUGUGGGAGGAACUCCGCUUACACCCAACAUGCUGGACAAGGUGGAUUCAGCCUGACGUCCUUACCUAACCACCCUUUUGGGGUCCGGAUUUGAGAGGCCCCGUUAGAAGACCGAGAUUGCCAUCCAAGUUUUUGAAAGUAUUGGAUCCGUGGGAUGCAAAAGCAAUUUGAUACCUUCAAUGCCCUUAUAAAGAUGCAUGAACGAUGGACGUUGCCGAAAUCGAUGAAAUGUUUUUGACGAGAUCAGGUGUACAAUUGCUCCCUGAGAUUGUCACUGGGAAAACCCGUCUGGCCAGUGUUGACACAAAUGGAAUCACUCCAGGUGUUCUGGGAGAUAUUUAAAGAAAUGAAGAGAGCUGGUCUUUGUGGGGGCCGAGAGGGAUAUUUCAACAAUCUGAUUAGGUGCCUACAGCAGGUGUGGUUCCUUUGAACCAGGGCACAUGGCCGUUUAAAGAGACAUGCUCGAAGCUGGAAAGAUGGAAGUGGCCGGAUCUUUCUACCUUACAAUUGCUGUUUUAGCAGCAUUGGCCCGAGGAGGGCUUCUGGCACCAUCUGAGAAAGUCCUUGCUGAAAUGAAGGACGGACGGUGUAAACCUAAUGAGAUGUCAUAUUCUUCUUUGCUUCAUGCUUAUGCCAAUAGUAAGGAGAUUGAAAGGAUGAAUGCUCUUGCGGAGGAUAUAUACUCCGGCUCUAUUGAAACACAUCCCGUUCUUCUGAAGACACUUUGUUUUCAUAAACAUCACGAGUUGAUCUCCUGAGGUAUACAGACGUGC